UUGUCAGUUGUCAGUAAGUUAUUAAAAUUAAAAAAAUAUGUCUUGAAUAAACAUUGUAUUGGAAAUAUAAUAGAACAGGAUUUAAAAUCCAUUUAUGUUUCAUCGAACUGUGUUGUGACGGUAGUAUUUCUGUAAAUAAUUUAAAAAACAAAAAUGCCUCUCACAGCUAGACAACGAAGUAUUCAUAACAAAAAUGGAGCAAAAAGAUCGGCUAGUAUGACUAAAGGAAAGCGGUCUAGGAAAUCUAGUGAAGGAGAGUACCUAGUGACAAACGCACCAACAGACUUGCGUAGUAUAUCCUACCCUGGUGGAAUGGUUGCACUAGCUCUAUUGCUAACAGCUCGAAUCAUAUCUGCAUACUGGGGACAUAUAGCAGAUUGUGAUGAAACCUAUAACUAUUGGGAGCCUUUGCAUUAUUUAGUAUAUGGAAGUGGGUUACAAACAUGGGAAUACAGUCCAGCUUAUUCAAUAAGAUCAUACAUGCCUCUAUGGAUGUUUGCAGUUCCAGCUAAAAUACUAUCAUUCAUAAUGACACCUGUUUCUGUAUUCUAUACACUGAGAGCAUUGCUAGCUUCAUUGACUGCCUGUUCUGAACUUAUGUUUUAUAAAGCAGUAUGCCAUGAAUUUGGAGUGCAUGUAGGACGCAUUUGGCUUUGUCUGAGCCUGGCUGCGGCUGGGUGCUUUGCAUCAUCAGCGGCUAUGUUGCCUUCUGCUUGGAGCUCAGCUCUUGUGGCAGCAGCGUUGGCCAGUAGUUGGAGAAGACGCUAUGCAGCAGCAAUAACAUUUACAGCUGCUACUACAUUGCUAAGUUGGCCAUUCACUGCUCUCAUCGGAGUAUCAAUUGCAAUAGACAUGCUUUUCUUCAAAAAGAAAUUCUAUGAAUUCUUCAAGUGGUCUAUAAUAUCUUUGAUAGUGAUUCUUGUACCAACUAUCAUUGUUGACUCAUGGCAUUAUGGAACACUAGUUGUUGCACCAUGGAAUAUUGUUGUAUAUAAUAUUUUUACUGAACACGGACCAGAUUUAUAUGGAGUUGAACCAUGGACUUAUUACUUUGUUAAUGGAUUCCUUAAUUUUAAUAUUGUUUGGGUCCUAGCUUUAUCCUGCCCACUUCUUCUGUUAGCGUGUCGUGCUGUUGCUACGCGUUCGAUUGCACCGCCGGCCUUUUGUAUUCCCUAUUGGCUUAGUCUGAUGCCACUGGCUUUAUGGCUUGGCGUUUUUAUGGUGCAGCCGCAUAAGGAAGAGAGAUUCCUGUACCCAGUAUACAGUAUGAUAAUUCUAGCCGGUGCAAUUUCACUCGACUGUAUCCAGAAAAUGACGUUCGCGGUAGGGACAGAGCUAUUCCGAUGGCGCAAGGAGCGAGAGAGACGGCACUAUCUCUCUUACACCGGCCCUCUUGCGGUUAUGUGUGUGAUGCUCUUCAGUACUAUCAGUAUUUCCCGUAUAGCAGCGCUAUACAACAAUUACCACGGCCCAAUGGUGCUAUUGCGCCAUCUACCGGCUGAACCGAAAGUGGUGUGUUUUGGCAAGGAAUGGUACCGAUCGCCAUCCAGUUUUCACCUCCCACCGGGCGCUAGUAUACGUUUUGUGGCAAGCGAGUUUGAUGGACAGCUUCCUGCGCCUUUUAGUGACUUACAUAACGCUACCCGCAUAAUCCACCCAUAUUUUAACGACCUAAACAAAGGUGACAAUACGACCUACCUUCCGCCAUCCAAGUGCCACUACCUAGUCGACUCGGACAUAGGCCGAGCCACGCAUCUUCAACCGUUUUACCACACAGAUACAAAAUCGUGGAACAUCAUUGCUUCUGUGCCAAUUUUGGACGCAGCAAAGUCAAAUAAAAUCUUCAGAGCGUUUUAUGUACCGGGCAUUUCGUAUAAACACGUUGUGUAUGCGAAUUUGUAUUUGUUGAAAAAUGUUUUGAUUAAUUGAAUUAUUUUGAACCGGAAGUGUAAAAUAUCAUCUAGUUGUGUGUGUGGCGUUUCUGAAUUUUGUUUGACUUCGAUUUUUUUGUGGUAAAUUUAAAAUUGUAUGAAACGUUGUAGCACUUUUAUUUUCAUGCUAUAGAGUCGGUACGAGUAAAUUGUUUAUUAUAUUUUAAAUGUUUAUUUAAUUAUUUUAUCCUUCGUAUACAUACGAUAUUUAUUCAUAUUCAUAUUAUGUCCGUAUAACUGAAAUAUGAAUGAAUUAAUGUCAAUGGACAUAAGAAAUCAAUCUAUAACUAUUGUACUCAUUACAGAUUGAAUUAUUUUCUUAUUAUCACUGAAAAACACGACUAAGUACUUUAGAUAAAACAAUGUAAAGAUUUAGUAUUUUUAUUACUUUGCCAUACUAACAACAAAAAUCAUACACAUGUAUAUUGCUGAAACUACUUUUAUUAUAUAAUAAGCAUACAUACCCACUCUAGAUAACUAUUGAUGUGAAUAUCAUAUUGUUAGUUUUUAAGGUUUUCACGUAAAUUGUGUAAUGUGUGUGAUUUUGACUGCAAUAAUUUAAUUCUAGUCAAAAAUAUUAAGUGUUGAUAUGCUUUUCGAACAGUAAUUUGAGGUUGGAUAUAUGUACAUAUUAUAAAUAGUUUAAAUAAUAUAUUAUAACAGUAGAUUUAAAUAUGUGUAUUUUUAGUAUGAUUAAUUCAUACAUAGCAUUUAUUCAGAGCCUAAUUUCAUAACAACCGUAAACUUUCGAACGUAGUUACAAAACGAAAGACGCUAUUGCUUGAUUUUUAUUUUUAUAUAACGGGCAGAAGGCCCACUUAAUGUUAAAUGAUACCCCGAGGACAUACACAUUGCCAGAAGGCUCGCAAGUGUGAUGCCGCCCUUUUAACUCAUGAUUGAAGUAACACUAUCUGUCAUAUCGUUUGACGCAAUGUCAAUCAAAGGAGUUAUCGUUUCGGCUUUUGUUUUACAUCUAACCUCCUAUUUAUCUAUAUAUCCUCCUAUUAAUUUAGUAUUUAUUUAGCUAAAAAAACAUUGUUUUCGAUUAUUUUUUUUAUUUAAAUAUGUUUCCUGUACGAACAUAAAAUAAGUAUUUUUCUGCAAAAGCUAAUUGCUUACUUAGCUUUUCUGACAAUUUAUUAGAUAUUUCAUCUGUCAAUGUUCAAAUGUUCCACAGAUAGAAGAAUACAGACUAUGAGUUCUUUGAAUAUCAGACAAGUGUAACUUUGCUAUAUGUUUAAAAUUAAUUGUAAUAAGAGCCGGUAAAGUUACAAACGAAGAAGGUAUAAUCAUCUAUAGAUUUGUUUAUGAAUCAUCCUUAAUUCGAUUUUUACUCGUACAUCUUCGAAGUCCUCAUAAACAUGCGUUGAACCAAAUAAACUUUUGUUGCAAUAAUUAGUAUAAGUAAUAUAGAUUUGUGUAAUAUUAUAUUAUUUAAAAUAAAGCGUUUAUACUUUUAUAGACUUAGGUAAUAUUGAAUAAGGUUUCUAAUAAAU